CAGAAAGCAAGAAAAAUGCAAAAACGUCAAUCAAAAAAGAUAAAAAUGUAGCACGACGGACAUAACAAAAAUAAUCAUAAACAUAAUAAAAAAACAUUCAAAUAAACAGUGAAAAAUGAGGAAAUAAACCAGUGUGAACCGUGACAAGCAAAAACAUGAUGAUAAAACAAGAUUAACUAACCAAUAAUUGAACGGGGAUAUUAAAUUCUGACCAAUAGCAGUCUUUAGCAGUGAAAAUGUUUGAAGAAGAGGAGGAGGACAGCGGUAUGACGGCAGUGCGUUACGCCUGCAUGCCUUCCCUGGUCUCCUUGCAGCUGAUGAGGAACCGGCUCCACCUGGCAUACCUGGGCAGGAAGCUGAUGAAGUGGUCCGCCCUGGCUACUGGACGAGAGCUGCGCAAAAUAGCGAUGCAGUUGGACAUGGUGUACGAUUCCUUUGGUGAGGACUUACGCAACGCUUUCAUGUUACUGGCAAGGGGCAGGUACUUCUGUCCCAUGAUGAACAAAAUGGUGAUUGAGAACAUCGCUGAAGAGGCUAGUGUACGAGCGAAGUCAACCCUCCGAAUGGUUACCGGUGUGAAAAUACCCCAAUACGAAAUAGUUGAGUCCGGAGUGGAACCUUAUGAGCAUCUUGGGAUAGAGAAAGGAGGCCAACAGAUACACGAAGCCAAGGUGGCUUGGCUGGACUUGCUGAAGCGACUGAUCCUCAUAGUCCAACUCAGAGUCAGCUUUACGUUGGUCGAGUUAGCCAACAAGAGCGCCACAAAGAGAAAAAACGUGUUGUCGAAAACAGUUACACCAAGAAUUAUGGCUACUCUGAUGUACAUUAUGUCAGAGUUAGAAGAGCAAGCUCGAGAAGAAACGUUUAGAUUGAAAAGAGUAAAGCAGAAUAAAACUAAGAAAUCCGAUAGUCAGAAAAAAGAUCGACAAUUUGAUCCUGAAGACCCAGUAUGCACUUGUAACAUGCUCGAACUAGACGAUGAAGAUAUUACUGAAAUGUUAUAUCCGAACGGAACAAACUCAUUUAAAAAUAUAUCAGAAACAACGGUAACCUCUAAGCAUUCUGCCAAACCAUAUGAUGAUGAAGACAAAAAACAGUUGGAUUAUCUCUUAACACACGUGGACGAGAUUGUCCAAAAUUUGGAAAAGCAAAAAGAAAUAUCCAAGAGCACUGAACAGUUAAUAGAAACAUGUAACAAGUUUAAGGGUACAAUAAAAAGUUUGACUACCACAACACCUUCACAAUCAUCUCAUCCUCCCCAAAAUUCCAAGCCUCAACUAAGCAAAGCAAGUUCAUCUAGCUCAAAUGGAGACAACGUUAAAAAGGCAGGGAGCUGUGGACAUUCCUGCUAUCGAAUGAUCACACAAGAAAUUGGUAGAGACACAAGUACCAUGAGAAGUACAGCGUCCGAAUAUCAUAAGCGCUGCAUUGCUCCUAUAGAUGUGGAUCAAAAAAACUACAUGCCGGUACCUCAAUCAAAAACCGAUGAAUAUCUUAAAGUAGACUCACAUGAAGCUGGAAAUAAGGAAACACCUUGUCCUUGUUAUAAAACAAAAAGUAGCUCUGCGACCGACCAGUCCAAAGUAAAGUUGACGACACCAAACCUGAAGACUGAAGAAUAUUUGAAAAUAUACUUGUCAGACGAAGAAGAGUCUGCUGUAAACAAAGUUGGGCUUUGCCCUACGUGUGCUGAGAAGCCAAAAGUUAAUAACCUUGACAGAAUAGAGAACAUGUCAGCUCCGCAAUCAAAAUCGGAGGAAUAUAUUAAAGAGCAUUUGUUACAUCAAAAUAAGUCAGCGGGAAGCAAAAAAGAUCGAUGUUCCAAAUGUGGUAAAAAUACUGAAAAUUGCUUAACCUCUGAUAUUCAAGAAAGAAUAGAGUUAAUGUCAGCACCACAAUCACAGUCAGAAGAAUAUGUUAAAAAGCAUUUAAUGCAACAAAACAAGUCAGCAGCACUUAAAGAAGCUAUGUGUUCCAAUUGUGGUAAAAAAACAGUAAAUGGCAUGCCGCCUGAUGUUCAAGACAGAAUACAACUAAUGUCAGCACCACAGUCACAGUCAGAAGAAUAUGUUAAAAAGCAUUUGUUGCACCAAAACAAGUCAGCAGCACUUAAAGAAGCUAUUUGUUCCAAUUGUGGUAAAAAAACAGUGAAUGGUAUACCACCUGAUGUUCAAGACAGAAUACAACUAAUGUCAGCACCACAAUCACAGUCAGAAGAAUAUGUUAAAAAGCAUUUAAUGCAACAAAACAAGUCAACAGCACUCAAGGAAGCUAUGUGUUCCAAUUGUGGUAAAAAAACAGUAAAUGGCAUGCCGCCUGAUGUUCAAGACAGAAUACAACUAAUGUCAGCACCACAGUCACAGUCAGAAGAAUAUGUUAAAAAGCAUUUGUUGCACCAAAACAAGUCAGCAGCACUUAAAGAAGCUAUUUGUUCCAAUUGUGGUAAAAAAACAGUGAAUGGUAUACCGUCUGAUGUUCAAGACAGAAUACAACUAAUGUCAGCACCACAAUCACAGUCAGAAGAAUAUGUUAAAAAGCAUUUGGUGCAUCAAAACAAGUCAGCAGCACUCAAAGAAGCUAUGUGUUCCAAUUGUGGUAAAAAAACAGUAAAUGACACAUCACUGAAUGUUCAAGAGAGAAUACAGUUAAUGUCAGCGCCACAAUCAAAGUCAGAAGAAUAUGUGAGAAAGCAUCUGUUACACCAAAACAAGAUGGCUGCACUAAAAGAAGCUAUGUGUUCCAAUUGUGGUAAAAAAUCAGUUAAUGCAAUAUCGCCUGAUGUUCAAGACAGAAUACAGUUAAUGUCAGCGCCCCAAUCAAAGUCAGAAGAAUAUGUAAGAAAGCAUUUGUUACACCAAAACAAGUCAGCUACCAGCAAAGAAUCUCUAUGUUUUAAUUGUGCUAAAAAUGCAGCGAAAGGAUUACCGCCUGAUGUUCAAGACAGAAUACAGUUAAUGUCAGCGCCACAAUCACAGUCAGAAGAAUAUCUUAGAAAGCAUUUAUUUCACCAAAAUAAGUCGGAUAAAAGCAGCAAAGCUGUAUGUUCCGAUUGUGCUAAAAAAGCAAAAGAUACAAUCGAUCCUGAUAUGCUUAAAAGGAUAGAUUAUAUAUCAGCUCCCGAAUCCGAGCCCGAAGAAUAUAUAAUAAAGCACCUGUUGUGCUCUAAUUGUGCUAAGAAAGCAGAAACCCCUAUGGCGCCAGAUAUUCAAGAAAGAAUACAAUACAUGUCAGCACCGCAAUCCCAGUCAGAAGAAUAUGUUAGAAAGCAUUUAUUACAUCAAAAUAAAUUAAAUGGUAGCAAGGGAGCGUUAUGCUCCAAUUGUGUUAAAAAAGUGCAUAGUGGCAUCACACCUGAAAUUCAAGAAAGAAUAGACUAUAUGUCAGCGCCUGAAUCGGAAUCAGAAGAAUAUAUAAAAAAGCAUUUGUCAAAUCAGAAUAAGUCGGCUGGAAGCAAGGAAAUAAUGUGCACCGUUUGUGCUAGUAGAACAGGAAAGAAGGAUGAAUUAGUGCCUGAAUCAAAAAGCAAAUGCUGCUCAAAAACAAACUCUUUAGGAGCAGGACUGAUGGUAAAAUCACCAAGUCCUAGUCAAAAGGAUGUUUGUUGUAAGGUUGCCAGUAAGGAAAAUGAAGUAGUCACUUCAGGUAAAGAGAAAGAGACUAUUAAUUGUGAUAAAUGCUCUGCUGGAGGAAAACUUGACACUAUUGAAAUGGAUAGAACAUCCUCAUCAGAAUAUCAUAAACGUUGCUUUCCUGAAAAGCCCCAGCAGAAGGAUAAAGGUCCCGAUUCAUGCUCAAAAUUAAAUGAAGCGAAUAAGCAAACGCCUUGUGGUGUUUGUUCUAGUCAAGAGAAACUUGGAGUAUGUUCUCCACGCAGAUCAGGUUCCGCGGAAGCAAUAUGGAGGGAUACUUGUACUUCCACUACUGAUUUUGAUGUCGUACCCAGCACAAUGCCGAGUAAAUCCACCUUGAAACAAUGUAGUAAGUACAAAAAGGAACAUUCAAAUACUGCCAUUAAAAUCAUUGCAAAGCCUUCAUCGCGCUAUAAAUCUGACAAACAGAGCAUUGGUGGUAUUUCCGCGUCUUCGGAAUGUUUGACAUGUAAUUAUUCAUCAAAGACCAAAAGUUUGAAUGAAUCCGACACAAAUGCAUUGUGUAAACAAUGUAGACAUAAAUUUGAUGGCAAAACUAAAAGAGGUGCAUCGGAAUCUAAUGUAUGCAAAAGAUGUCAAGCGAACUUUGAAAACAGUGUCACCAGAACUAGUAGUAAUCGGUGUCCACGUUGCAAGAAAGAAAAAUCAUUCACUAAACACACCUGCCCAAUGUGCCAGUCCGAGAACUCUUCAAUAUCAGAUUUCCAAGGAGGACUAUCGCUCGGUUCCGAGAAAUCGAAAUGUGGCUUAUGUGGAAAAGAGAGUACUAACAGGACGUGUCAGGACGUCGACAGCCUAGGAUUGAAAAGCUGCAUACUGUCAUUUAUCAAAGCGAAACUUCUCUCUGAGCGGCCAGAAGACGAAAUUCCCUGUCCAAGGUGCAAUGCGAGGAAAGAUGCUGAGAGAUGUGAAACCGCUUGUUUGCUGUGCAAGAAGCGUAUGAGCAAAACGAGCAAAUUUUCGGAAGAUUGGAACAGUGGUGGCUCCUGCACCUUUUCGAAUAAAAGCCGUGAUCCUGGGAGAGGGUUCUGUGCAUCGCAGGACUCGGACGACGAAGAAGUCUGCUGCGGCACGCAAACUGUAGCGAAGCAUUCUUGCAAGUUCGAUGACAACGUGCAGGUAGCUUGUAUACCAGACAAUGAUAAAACUGGAGAAGUCUCGGUGCAAGAAGACUCUACAGUGAAAACAAAAGAGAGUGGUGUUAAUACGAGAACUGCCGACCGGUAUGACGUAAGACCUGUGCAUUUGCUGUCGAGAAACACGUCACGAUCUAGUUGCAGCUGCAAACCUGGAGCCUCGUUGAAUUUAUGCCGCUGUAAGUCGGCACCGACCUGUAAUAGCAAACACAAGUCUUUGCGUGACGUCAGAUCCUACGAUCUUUGAUGUAGCUUCUGAAAAUCGUGGAAGAGAUGUAGACCACAUCAUGAAGUCAGAAUACAGAGCAUAGAUUGGGUUAAUGCUAUUACGUGAUACGAAAGUAAGAAUUUUGGAAGUACUUCCGAACUAUGGUUUUCGUUUUUCUCUGUAUAUUAUAAACAAUCGGCAGUUUUCGAAAACUGUCAAAAUUAGUGAGCCAACUAAAUUUGCAGCAAACCCCAUUAAACAAAGUCUAAUAAUUUCUAAUUGAGGUAUGCAUUUAGAUUGUCUUUUUAACUUCCUGUUCUGAUAAAAUGAAGAUGUAUGAUCCAACCAGAAGAUUAUAUUAUAUAGAGCACAAUUCGGUUGGGUAGAGUUGUCAAAAUAAAUAUUUUUUUAGAUCAUAUUGAUAACAAACACUUCCAUGUAUAUUUUUUAUAUUAAAAAAUAAAAUCUGAACUCGCAACUCAAA